GCAACCAGCAGCGCCAGGCUAGCCAAUCAGACGCGGGCGCUCGUGGCUGGGUUGCUGGGCAGAACAAACACAAACGAGGGAAAGCGGACAGCGGCGGCGGCUGAGGGGGGAGCGGAGUGGUCGCGUGGGGCAGCUCCGGGGCCGCCGCCUACGGGCUCUUAACAUGCCCCAGAAUCCUCUGCAACAUUCAGAGGUUCUGCAGCAGACAAGUCAAGGUGGUGGAAGGAGUUUGCUGAAGUUUGAAAACCACUGCUCUACCUCCUCUACUUAGUCAAAUUCAGGAGAGUGGAUGCAUGUAAUGGAAUACUCUACAAAGAGGAAAGAAAUUAACCUCACAACCUAGUCAUUCAAUUUGGCAUCUUCUGCUUUUUGAAAGGGAUAUAAGGGAAUUCUUCUAGCAAAAAUAAAGUGCUUCUGAACAUCACAUAUCUCCUGACUGGCUGAGGUCUGAAAGAAAAACUUCAAAUUGGCAUUUACAUUCAGUUCAGUUGAAAUACUGUUGAACAGCUAUGGAAAUAGAAAAUGAGCAGACAGACAACAUCAAUGCCACAGAACUAGAUAAUCUAAGUGAUACUCAGUUUUCUGGUGAUGAAGAAAAUGGUGGAACUGAGGAAGUAAAAACUGAAAUCAAUGGUAACUGGAUCCCUGCAACAUCUAUCAAUGAAGCUAAAAUCAAUGCCAGAGCAAAGAGGAGGCUGAGAAAAAAUUCUUCUAGAGACUCUGGAAGAGGAGACUCUGUGAGUGACAAUGGAGAGGCACUGAAAAGUGGAGUCACUAUACCAACAAGUCCAAAGGGAAAGCAUCUGGAUAGGCGAUCCCGUUCAGGAAAGGGAAGGGGUUUGCCAAAGAAAGGUGGUUCAGGAGGCAAAGGUGUUUGGGGAACUCCUGGGCAGGUGUAUGAUCUGGAGGAAGUGGAUAUUAAAGAUCCCAACUAUGAUGAUGACCAGGAUAACUGUGUCUAUGAAACUGUAGUUCUGCCUUUGGAUGAAAGAGCAUUUGAGAAAACACUAACUCCAAUAAUCCAGGAAUAUUUUGAACAUGGGGAUACUAAUGAAGUUGCGGAGAUGCUGAAAGACCUCAGUCUUGGUGAAAUGAAAUACAGUGUACCAGUAUUGGCAGUAUCAUUGGCAUUAGAGGGAAAGGCUAGUCACCGAGAGAUGACAUCUAAACUCCUUGCUGACCUCUGUGGGACAGUAGUAGGCAAACCUGAUGUGGAGAAGUCAUUUGACAGGCUUCUCAGAGACCUACCAGAAUUGGUGCUGGACACGCCCAGAGCACCACAGUUGGUGGGUCAAUUUAUUGCAAGAGCAGUUAGAGAUGGAAUUCUAUGCAGUAGUUACAUUGAUGGCUACAAAGGCACUGUGGACUGUGCCCAGGCUCGAGCUGCUCUGGACCGAGCUACUGUGCUACUAAGUAUGACCCAAGGUGGAAAACGCAUAGACAAUGUGUGGGGGUCAGGAGGUGGGCAGCAGUCUGUGAAACAUCUUGUUAAAGAGAUUGAUAUGCUGUUGAAGGAAUACCUUCUUUCAGGAGAUGUUUCUGAAGCAGAACGUUGCCUUCAGGAGUUAGAAGUACCCCAUUUUCACCAUGAACUUGUAUAUGAAGCAGUUGUGAUGGUUUUGGAAUCAACUGGAGAAACUAACUUUAAAAUGAUGCUCAGUUUGCUGAAAUCACUCUGCAGAUCUGCUGUCAUUACAAUGGACCAAAUGAAAAGAGGUUAUGAACGAGUUUACCGUGAAAUUCCAGACAUUAAUCUUGAUGUGCCACGUUCCUACUCUGUGCUUGAGCGGUUUGUAGAGGAAUGCUUUAGAGCGGGAAUAAUUUCCAAACCAAUGAGAGACCUUUGUCCUUCCAGGGGAAGAAAGCGCUUUGUAAGUGAAGGAGAUGGAGGCCGCCUGAAAGCGGAGAGCUACUGAAUAUAUGAACUAACUAUUGCAACUGCAGAUGUUUAAAGGGAAUAUAUAUGUAUAUAUUCUAUAGUAAGAGUUGCUUAGCACAGUUCAUUUAUUUUUAAGAAAUGCACUUGUUUGGGGGCACAAAUGACUUCUGAAGUUCUUAUAAUUUGUGUUCAUAAAGGAAAUUCUUCGAAAACUUUCUUUUCUCUGGACCAGUAGUUGGACAGAACAAGUAACUGCCUUUCUAUGGAGGUUUGCUGAAAUAAGCUACUUUUUUGUAAGUGCCAUAUGUUUGACCUAAUCAUUCCGUGUUUUGCAUUGAUGCCUGCCUGUCACUCCUUUCUUUCAAAGACAGUGUUUUUGUAGUGAAAUCACUGGUUUAUACAAAGCUUUAUAGAAUGGGUAAAGUUAAGCUGCUGGAACCCUAAGUGGCUGCUGCUGUUGAAAUACUGUGCUUUGGGAGGGAAAAGGUUAUUUCUUUGUUUUGAAGAAUCUAGGAAAUUUAGUUUGGUCAUAAGAUGUAUUCAUCUUUUUCCAGGAGAACAUAAUGAUUUGGUCUUAAAGACUAGUUCAGCAAAUGGUGGCUGGAACAUCUAUUUUUCUACAAAACUGGAAAAAUGAACAGUUCUGAUAGAAUGUAUUGCAAAAUAAAUUUUUGUGAAGCAGA